GAGCAGGCCUCCAAGAUGGAAGCUGCCCGCCUGUUGCUCGUGCUGGCGUUGCUCUCGGGCAGCCUGCGGGCAAGCCGAGGUCUCGAGGAGGGACUCGGCUCCCAAGAGCUCUUCGCCGAGGAACCCAAUGGGUAUCCAGACAGACUCUUGGACUGGAUGCAGCAAGAAAAUGAGGAGCGUGUGGUCCAGAACCCACCAGAAGAGCAUCCAUGGGGAAAUCUUCUCCGCUCCCUGCUCCACAUAGUCCAAAGACCGGGGCGCAGCCCAUCCUUCCUGUUCCAGCCCCAAAGGUUUGGCCGCGAUGCCAGAAGCAGUCCCAGCAACGGUGGCCGGAUCAACCUCCGGGCUUGGGAUUCCAUGGGGCCCCAGUUUCUAAGCAUGGCUACACCACAGCGCUUUGGCAAGAAGAAGUGAAGUAGGGCCC